AUUUUACAAUUCCAAUCAUUGUAACUUACAUAAAAUAUACAAAACAAAAUGAAAGCACUCAUACAGCGGGUUAAAAAUGCUAAAGUAACCGUAAAUGAUGAAGUAAUAAGCAGUAUAGAGCAAGGAGCAUGUGUAUUAAUUGGGAUCUGCAGUAGUGAUACAAUUAAAGACAUGGAGUAUAUAGUGCGCAAGCUUUUAAGUAUAAGGAUAUUUGAUGAUGAAAAUCAUAAGAGAUGGCAGAAAAGUAUUGUGGAUAAGCAGUUUGAAAUUCUAUGUGUCAGUCAAUUUACUUUAUACAAUACAUGGAAGGGUAAUAAGCCUGAUUUCCACAAGGCGAUGGCUGCAGACAGAUCAAAGGAAUUCUAUGAACAAUUCAUUCAAAUGUUAAGAGAUAAAUACAAACCAGACAAAGUUAAAGAUGGUCUGUUUGGUGCGUACAUGCAGGUAUCUAUACAAAACGACGGUCCCGUUACAUUGGAAAUAGAAUCUCCAUCUCAUACACCAAACAAAAUUAUCAACUCAGUCACAGAUGGCGCUGUACAUACAAAAGACGAACAUUCGAAGAGAUAAUUUAAUUUUGUAUUUUUAAUUUAUUAAAUCAUU